UCCAGCCUGAGUGGUGGUGAGCAGAGUGAGCUGGUUUCUCUGCUGCAUGGCAGCAGCCUGAGGCCCCCAGUUCCCUCCCUCAGAACCCAGAGGGACCCCAUCUUCCCAAGCCUGGAGCUGGACCCCGAGCCCUGGGAUCCCCUCUUCAUUGCCCCACAUUGGGACUCACUGCUCCAGACGGGACCGGAGGCCGACCGAGUCCAGAGGCAGAAGGUUUCCCUGGCAGAGGGGCCCAGAGGAGGAGGACGAGAAGGAAGAAAGAAGCACGAUGAGCGAGGAGCAGGACCUUUCGGAGGUCGAGCUGAGCCCAGUGGGCUCCGAAGACCCCAGGUGCCUGUCCCCUGGAGGCCCCUCCAUGGGGCCGGACGGCUCGGCCCUCCAUGCCAGCCCUGGGCCCGGGGAGCUGGGCAAGGUGAAGAAGGAGCAGCAGGACCCCGAGGUGGACGACGACAAGUUUCCCGUAUGCAUCCGGGAGGCUGUGAGCCAGGUGCUCAGUGGCUAUGACUGGACCCUGGUGCCCAUGCCCGUCCGAGUCAACGGCAGCAGCAAAAGCAAACCCCACGUGAAGCGCCCCAUGAACGCCUUCAUGGUGUGGGCGCAGGCCGCCCGGAGGAAACUGGCCGACCAGUACCCGCACCUCCACAACGCAGAGCUCAGCAAGACCCUGGGGAAGCUGUGGAGGCUGCUUAAUGAGAGUGACAAAAGACCCUUCAUCGAGGAGGCUGAGCGCCUGCGGAUGCAGCACAAGAAAGACCAUCCCGACUACAAAUACCAGCCCCGGCGCAGGAAGAACGGGAAGGCGACCUCGGGGGAGGGGGAGGCUCCCGGCGAGGGAGAGCCUGGAGGGGCGGCCGCCAUCCAGGCGCACUACAAGAACUCCCACCUGGACCACCGGCACCCCGGCGAGGGCUCCCCCAUGUCCGACGGGAACCCAGAGCACUCCUCAGGCCAGAGCCACGGACCCCCCACCCCUCCGACCACCCCAAAGACAGAGCUGCAGUCAGGCAAGGCAGACUCGAAGCGGGAUGGGCGCUCGCUGGCGGAGAGUGGGAAGCCCCACAUCGACUUCGGAGCCAUGGACAUUGGGGAGAUCAGCCACGAGGUGAUGUCCAACAUGGAGACCUUCGACGUGGCCGAGUUUGACCAGUAUCUGCCACCCAAUGGACACGCUGGCCACCCCGGUCACGUGGGGGGCUACGCCACGGCCGGUUACGGGCUGGGCAGUGCCCUGGCCGUGGCCGGCGGACACUCGGCCUGGAUCUCCAAGCCGCCCGGGGUGACCCUGCCUGCUGCCUCGCCACCCGGGGUGGAUGCCAAGGCCCAGGUGAAGACGGAGGCCUCGGGUCCCCCGGGCCCCCCGCACUAUGCAGACCAGCCGUCCACCUCCCAGAUCGCUUACACCUCCCUCAGCCUGCCCCACUAUGGCUCUGCUUUCCCUUCCAUCUCGCGCCCCCAGUUCGACUACUCUGACCACCAGCCCUCGGGACCCUACUACGGCCACUCGGGCCAGGCCUCCGGCCUCUACUCAGCCUUCUCCUACAUGGGGCCCUCUCAGCGGCCACUCUACACGGCCAUCUCUGACCCCAGCCCCUCAGGGCCUCAGUCCCACAGCCCCACACACUGGGAGCAGCCCGUGUAUACGACGCUCUCCAGACCCUAGAAGGGUGCUGGGACCCCACUGCGAGGCCCUUCAGGAGGCCGCCCCCUCCUCCUCAGCCCUCCCCCAUCUCGGCCAUCAGCCACAGAACAGGUGGGGGCUGUGGAGGCUCUCUCCACCCCUCUCACCUCCCCCGGUCCGGACAAGGCCUUGUCCUCCCAGGACCUCAGUGGGAUACUCUCAUCUUGGCCUGUUACGGCUUGAGGGGGCACCGCAGCCCAGCCCCUCUUAGGACAGCCCUUCUUCCUUCCUUCCUUCGGGCCUGCAGACUUUGCUCAUCUCCGUCGGGGAGGGAGGAUACCUGUCCUGGACCCCACGGCCCUAACGUACCAGCCCGAUGCUCAGGCUGGCCAAGGACCUGAGGACCUGACCGCACUGACUGAGGUGGCGGUGGGGGGAGGAAGAGACCCUCUGAGGGCCAUGUGGGUCAGCCAGGUGUGCAAGGGGACAGAGGGAAGGUUCAUGGGGCCUCCCUGCCCCCCCAACUGAUUAUAUAUGGAGGAGGCAGCAGAGAGGGCCCUUGGGAUAGAUUCAGUACCAGCCCCCUCACUGCCUCCUAACCUCCUUCCUUCGACUUUCUUUGCUAAAUGAACUGGGGGCUUCACCCCAGACAGUGAUGGGGAAAGGAGCCGCCAGGGAGGUGGGGAGAGGAUUUAGAAACAACUGAUGAGGGGGUGCUGUUAAUUGGUCACCCCUGCCCCUCCCACCACGCCUGCCCAUCCCAUAGCCCCACUCUUUCCCCACAGUACUUCCCACUUUCCUGCCCAUGUCCCAGGCCCCUGGAUUCCCAGAUUGCAGAGGUCAGGCCGCCCUAGCCCCAGACUUUGACUCCCAGUCCCAGGGGAAGGCCAAGGCCCCUGUGGUCUGGCAGCCAGGACCUCCCUAAAGACACCAAAAUAUCGAUAUGUACAUUCUCCUCCCUCAUUCAUUGGCCCUAUCCACCCGGCCCCCCAGCCCCAACCCCAACCCAUGGUGUUUGAAGAAAAUAUGUAGCUGUGUCUGUCCCCCUGUGCCCAGGUCCCCAGCCCCCCAGUCCACAUAUAACACAUUAUUGCCCCUCUCCCCCUAUUUAUCUCAGUAGCCCCUUGCCUAUUCCCCUGCCCAGUCCCUAUUAACUCUGCAUUAAGCAAUCCAGAAUAAUAAAAUUAAAGGUUUCAGUUACUGGC